AUGGGAUUGGACUGGACUGGAUUACUUCCUAGUGUAGUCCCAUGUUUGGUCCGUGCUGGGACUAAGUUAAAUGAGAUUAAAGGGGAUUCGCGUGGACUAUCGGCCUCGCUAGAAGUUCUUGGCGAGACCCUCCCCCAACCAUGGGACUCGCUAAGACCUUCUUUGCUUUGCUCUUUCCGCUUGGCGCUUGGUCCCUUCCGCUUCGCCCCUCCCAUCUACUUCUUCUUCCCUACUCUUAUCUACUUUUUCCCCACAGCUUGCAUACAGACAAAGAGAGAGAAAGAGAAGAAGGAGAAGAAGAAGAGCCGCAUAAAGAGGGCAAAGGGGAAAAGGUUUUGUUAUGGGCUACUGGGUGAGAAGAAGAUGGAGAAUCUAGGGCAAGCAAGGACAGCGGUCAUCAAUGGAUCUAAAGUCGAACUGGGUGACCUCGAAGAUAACUUCAUGGGUAUGUUUAAUUUUUGUUUUGGUGAAAUGGGUAUGUUUUGAAUAGUUGUUUUCAUGUUUGAUUACUGUUUUUUCAGUGUUUUAUGCAUUUUGGUUGUCAGAUUUUUGGUAGUUGAUGAAUCCAAUGUUGGGAAAUCGAAAGUGAACUGUGUUCGCCAAAUUCUCCAAGAAUUGCUUAAAUUUAGCUUUGUAUCUCGAUUUUUCGAUUGUGUUCUACCACAAAGAUUGUCAAUUUUGUGUGUAAUUUUUUGUCUGUUUUGUCUGUAAUUUUAGUUUUCUUGAGUCAGUAGUGGCUAAGUGGUACGAGCGGGUGGUAGGUGAUUAGCGCCGUUGAAAUUGUUUAUGUACUUUGCAAUGGCAUUAGUCUGGUGUACUGAGCUGCAAAUUUUGAUUAGAAAUGUAGUAUGAAAGACAGAAUUGUGUGUAUCAGCAUGCUCGUCUAUUUCCUAUCAAGUGUUCUUCCUAAUGUUAUUACUUUGUGAA